GGGCUGGCCGCGUGGCCGGGCGUCCGGGUCAGGUAGCGGCGCGCGCGCGCGUGGCCUACGAGCCCCAGGCGCGCCCCCGGCGGCCGGGGCCGCAGCGUGCUCGCCCCCGCCGCCAGCUCGCCUCACUCAUGGGUCGGAAGCGCUGCGUGGGGGAGAGUGUUCCAAGAUGGCGGCGGGUUGCUGCGGGGUGAAGAAGCAGAAACUGUCCAGUUCGCCCCCCUCUGGCUCGGGUGGCGGUGGUGGCGCCUCCUCCUCCUCCCACUGCAGCGGAGAGAGCCAGUGCCGAGCCGGGGAGCUGGGACUAGGAGGCGCCGGUACGCGGCUCAACGGUCUAGGAGGUCUAGCCGGAGGAGGUAGCGGCAGCGGCUGUACCCUCUCUCCCCCCCUGGGCUGCGGCGGCGGCGGCGGGGGAAUCUCCCUGUCGCCCCCUCCGAGCUGCGGAGUGGGCACCCUACUUUCUCCCCCGGCCGCCGCCACCUCACCCUCGCCCUCCUUGCCGUCCGCCGCCUCGUCCUCAUCGCCCAGCUCCCGGAAGAUGGUGGUGUCAGCGGAGAUGUGCUGCUUUUGCUUCGAUGUGCUCUACUGUCACCUGUACGGAUACCAGCAGCCCCGGACCCCCCGGUUCACCAACGAGCCCUACCCACUGUUUGUAACAUGGAAGAUUGGUCGAGACAAAAGAUUGCGUGGAUGCAUAGGUACUUUUUCUGCCAUGAAUUUGCAUUCAGGACUCAGGGAGUACACACUUACCAGCGCCCUUAAAGAUAGCCGUUUUCCCCCAAUGACAAGGGAUGAGCUGCCGCGGCUGUUCUGCUCAGUGUCUCUGCUCACUAACUUCGAAGACGUCUGUGAUUAUUUGGACUGGGAGGUGGGUGUACAUGGCAUUAGAAUAGAAUUCAUCAAUGAAAAAGGAUCAAAACGCACCGCCACCUACCUACCGGAGGUUGCAAAGGAGCAAGGAUGGGACCAUAUUCAGACCAUAGACUCCUUACUGAGGAAAGGAGGAUACAAAGCUCCGAUUACUAAUGAAUUCAGGAAAACCAUAAAACUGACCAGGUACCGUAGUGAAAAGAUGACCUUGAGCUAUGCUGAAUACCUUGCUCAUCGCCAGCAUCAUCAUUUCCAAAAUGGCAUUGGGCAUCCCCUUCCGCCAUACAACCAUUAUUCCUGACACUGAGCCACACAACCAGUCACUGGGCCUCUCUGCAGACCUCUUCCCAGGAGACCCUACCCCUUCUUGGUCUAGCUAUCUCUUUUACUGUACCAUUUUAUGAUGAUAGUUUCCGUUGCCAUGGUGAAGCUUCGACAUCGUCAGUUAAGAUCAUCAUGGUAACGGGUAGGAAAAUGGCAUUUAUUAAGAUGAUCCUGUUUUAUUAUAUUAGGUCAUUGAUUUUUUUUUUUUUGCAGCAUAUAUGAAUUUUGGGGUUUUCUUUCCUUACAAUAUUAUGUGGAAUUUUGCUUUGCUAUCUCAGUCAGGUUUGUCUUUCUGUCCUUCUUGCCUUCCUUCCUGUCUUCUUUCCUUCCUUCUUUCUUCUCUUCCUUCCUUCUGUUGACUGUGGAUGGAAGAAUUCAUGCAGUUUCUAAGGAUUUCAUUUAGGUGUUUCUUUCAUUUUCCUCAGUAAGAUAGGUCAUUUUUGAUAGCUGUGUUUGGGAGUAAUUCAUAUCAAAUUCAGGUAUUUGUAUAUUACUCUUGAAUUUGUCUGAAAUUCAUUUUGCUAUGAGAGCUUAGUAUGUGGGUCUUCACUGUUUAAGUAUAUGUUUUUCCCAUGGUUAGAAUAGAUGAACUUUCGUUCUAGUGUAGAACAUUCGAAGGUCCAUGAUAGGACUUGUCACAGAGAGUGAGAAAUCAUUUAUGCCUAUUGUGCUGGCUAUCACAGGAAAAACUGCCUCAUCACUUUAUAGAACCAACUUACAAACUAAAACACUGUUUUAAGAAAGUACAAGCUACCUUUGAAAUAUGCUACAGAAAUUAUUUUGAAAAGCAGAGAAUAUCAGGAAGAGAGCAGAUACAGAAUUUAGUGCCUUUGAGAAGAAUAUAAUUAUGUGGAAUUAAGAGGGGUUAGAAGAAAGGCAAUUUAGAGAAAUAUUCUUAAAAAUUUUAUUGUUUCUAUAAUGUGAAACAACAGAUUAGACAAAUUGCUUACUCUUAAGUAUUUUUUUAAGCUGAAAAAGAUUAUUUUGAGCAAAUAACCAAAAAGAGACAUGUGUCUAUUAUAUAUUAAUUUAAAUUUGUUAGCUUUAGGUUUCAAUAAGUCAUGAUUGGCCAGAGACAAUUUUAGCUACCAUUUAAAGAAAUAGUAAAGAUAAUCUAGUGAAACAAAAGUUAAUACAUGUCGUGAUUUCAGACAUGUUUGUCAUGGGGACAAUACUGGAGUUUUAGAAAUACUAUAAAAUUGCUUGAAUCUCUUUCUGCACUACAUACUUUUGAUAGAAACACAUUUACUAUAUCGAUAAGAUGUUAUGUUACCCCUGUAAAAACGGAGUUGGCACUUAGAUACGAUAUAGUUGUUAGAGCCCAGCUCAUUUGCAGGGCUAGUCUUCCCAUGAUGCAUAUGCAGAGAACUUCCUAAUGUCAACGGGAGGUCUAUAUGUAUAUCCCCAGGAAAAAUGACAGAUGAUUCUGGAGAAAGAUUACCUUCAUUUUAUGGUAGUAAAUAUAUAUGUGUGUGUGUGUGUGUGUGUGUGUGUGUGUAAAAUUUUUUUCAAACAAGGAAACAAAUAUUUCAAGUGAUGAAUAUGAGUGUGGUGCAGAAUAUAUAGUCUAAAACUAUGAGAUGUCACUGAAUAUCAAGAUGGCAUAGCUUAUACAUGUAGUUGCUGUGACAAGUGACAGACUGCUAGUUCAGAAUUUGAAAACCCUUUUCUAGUUUGUGAGAUUAAUCGGCUGAAUUCCUUCUGCUUGUCCUUAUGGCAAAGCAAACUGCUUUUGUUUUUGAUGAGAGUUCUCAGAAGUUUGUUGGUAUUCCUUCGUCCGCAGCAUCUGUUGUUGGAAUAACCAUUUUCAGUCGUGAUGCCUUAACCAAGAAGCCAAUUGUUAGCCUGAAAUGGAAUCUCGGUAGCCAGUUCCACUGAACCUAGAGAUUAGUCAGAGAAAGCUAGCUGCUGGGCUUUAGAAAGGGAUUUUGAGUCCUUUCAUUUCUACUUGGGAGCAGAUUAGUCUUUCAGUAUAAAAACAAGUGGCUACCUGAUGGAAAUUUUUUCUUGCCCUUAUAGGGAAACUGAGCACAAGCUGAAUGAUAUUGUCUGCUGCAAGAAAAAAAAAAAAAAGUAAAUAAAGCAAGCAAACCGAAGAGAGACAAAA